AGUAAUGAACAACUCUUCUCUUUUUGGAAAAGAUGAUAGCUCCUCAUCAACAUGAUCGUUUCGCAGACGUCAUUAUCUUAUUUUGAUAAGUUUAUAGCUCUUGAAUGCCGAACAACUGAAAGAGUUCAACAAAUUCCAUGCAGCUCUACAAAAGCGACGUGAGGAGUUCCAGAAGAAGCUGAAGGAACUUUCACCUGAAGCACUUGCUGCACACGAAAAACUCGCCAAGCUUAGGGAGGAGAGACACAAGAUCUUCAUGGAUGCAAGCGAGAGUGUGAGAGAAGAACUCAUGAAGCUUUACCACUCUGACCGAAGAAAGAAUAGACACGAUCUGGAUUGA